GACUCCCAGAUUGCAAUAUCAUUAUUAUUUAUUUCUUAGCCGACGCCCUUAUCCAGGGCGACUUACAAUUGUUACAAGAUAUCACAUUAUUUUUACAUACAAUUACCCAUUUAUACAGUUGGGUUUUAACUGGAGCAAUCUAGGUAAAGUACCUUGCUCAAGUGUACAGCAACUGUGUCCCCCACCUGGGAUUGAACCCACGACCCUCCGGGCAGGAGUCCAGAGCCCUCACCACUAGGAAGGAUCUAAUGACUGGUUCGGAGGAAGCUGUCGGGAAAGCAGUGAUAACAUAUUAAGCUGCAGAUUUUGGAAGAUGGACAGCAUCCCCAUUAGCUUGUUGGAGCUCACCUGUCUAGGCUCCAGCGUCGCGUUAUCAGGACUCUUUUUCUACAUUUACAAGAGGAAAAACAAAACUGUGGGCAAGCUAAAGGACGCCCCAAGGUUUGACGAGCAGCUGUCUGCCAUCCUGAACGCCACGCCAGGGAAGUGUCUGCGGUACGUUAUUAUUGAAGGGGCAGUGCAACCGCUCGGGGAGCCGCUCAGGAGCCAGUACCAGGAGAACUGCUUCGGAGUCAUCCAGAAACUCAUUCUGAAGGAACACAAGCUCGUGUGGAACAACAUCGCCCGCAGCUGGAUGGACAGUGAGAAGACCCUGCACCAGCGGGUGUACACGGUGCCCUUUGACCUGGUGACGGCCCAUGCUGGUAGAUCGGUCCGGGUCCUCAGCCCCCUGGAGGCAUCCAGCCUGCACCUGGAGGUCGUGCAUGAGAAGUUUCACCAGGCGAUGCACGGCUUUAGCGAGAUCAUCGGGAACUACCUGAGUGGGGAGAAGCACAAGGGUGUGCUGGAGACUGAGGAGAUGGUGAAGGUGGGGGCCAUGCUGACUGGCGUGGGAGAGCUCAUCCUGGACACAGACGGUGUGGUCAAGCUGCGGCCGCCCAGCGAUGGCUCCGAGUACUUCCUGAGCCCCUCAGACUUCGAGAGCCUGCUGGGGGAGCAGGAGGGCCACGCCGGGGUCUGGCGGGUUCUGGCAGCGCUGUGCGGGCUGGCUGGGGCCGCGCUUCUGCUGGUGGUGGCAUGGAGGCACUACAAGAGGCUGCGGGAGAAGCGAGAGAGAGAGGAGAGGCGCAGGGAGUUUGAGAGGAUGAGUCUGGAAGGGCUGGGGGUCAGGCAGUCAGCAGGAGAGGAGGAAGAGGAGAGGGAUGGAGAGAUCACGGAGAACACCUGUGUGAUCUGCAUGUCCCGGCCCCGCGACUGCGUGCUCCUCAACUGCGGACAUGUCUGCUGCUGCUUCAGAUGCUACCAGGCACUGCCCUCCCCAAACUGCCCCAUCUGCCGGAGCGCUGUGUCCAGGGUAGUGACCCUCUACCAGGCCUGACCCUGGUCUAUGCACACACACUGUUUUUUAUUAAUGAAUAUUAUUCAUGAAGAGCCUUUUUUAUCAAUGUGAAGUGUGAGUUGUGUGGCUAAGGUCACUGGCAAUGGGGUUGGAUGCUGUAUGAAGCUGCAUCUUCAUACCCUGGCUUAGGGGUUCAGCACGCUGUGGCGGAGCCCCUGCUCUGGGCUGUGAGAUCAGAACUCUGCUCACAGCUCUGAAGAUGGGGUCAUUCCAAUAGCUUUAACUGAAGCUUGUCUGUCACAGCAUGUAGUUCAGAGUAGGGUUAAAGUAGCUGACAUGCUUUUCAAUGGCAAAGAGCAGUAAUAAUAAAACAACUGAAAGUGCCUUUUGACUUGGUGGAGCUGCAAGCCCACAGGACCGCGCAGCUCUGCAGCCCCACAGUGACAUGCUAUGUGCAGGAAGGAGAGCAGCAGUGACAUUGUAACAGUUCAUCCUGCAGUCUCAGCUCUGCAGUUUGGACAGCCCCACAGUGACAUGCUGUGUGCACAGAGGAGAGCAGCAGUGACAUUGUAACAGUUCAUCCUGAAGUCUCAGCUCCAGCCCAGCGCCAUACUGCGCAAUAAACAUUUUCUCACCAGAUGUCACUGUGUUCAGGGGUUUCACUUCAUGUCUUUACGAAUAAUUCAAACACAGGGAGUGGUAUCUAGUCUAUUUAAAUGAUUUCUAUAGUUCUUAAUUGUUUUUUUUUUCAAACUCUGCUGUAAAAUAAAAGGUAUCUUGAAUGCGAGUGUGCUGCAUUGUGGUUACCCUUCAGAGUAACACUCCAUUGCUGUGCAUUGGAAGCAUUAAUGUUUGCAGUCUGUGGGUUAGAUUCCAGGAAUCUUGUCAGCUGUCCACAAGGUGGCACUGGGGGAUAGCUUCCAAACCAUGUGGUUUAUUGAGCGGCAGAGCAAGCCUGGCUGAGCCCUGCAUGGAUCUGUCUCACAUGAUCGUUACCAUAUUGUUUACCAGUUGAGGCCGUUAGUGGAGAGGACGUGGUGACAGCACUGUCUCGAUAGUUUCAGCUGCACGCCAGCAUCUCAAAGAUACAUUCUGACUCGUUGCUGAGUUUUUUUUUUAUUGUUAUUCAAAAUUAAUUGACAGUAGUGCUGUUCUUGGAAGUGGAGCGUAUGCAGAAUUCUGAGAAACCUCUUUUAAACAUGACAUGUUAAGAUCUCAGCGAGUGACUGCAAAUUACUGUAGACACCCAGCUAAUAUCUGAAUCCCAUUCCAGCGAGCGCGCUAGAGAAUCGUAAUCAACACUCAGGACUGCCUCACCAGCAGCUGGUAUUAUUCAGCACUGCAGGACAGAUUCCCACUACACUCCUCUGCUACAGUGCAGGCGAUGGGAAGCAGACAAGCUUUCACUGACCUGCUCGUUUGCUUGACCUGUUCUUUUAUUUUUUUACUAAAUAAAGGGCAAUUUGCAGAGAACAAUAAAGUCACUAAUCAGGACUUUCAAUGGCAUUCUAAUGAUGUUCCAGCCAUCAUUAUUCUGAUAGUCAUAGUGUAAGUAAGGAAUGUCUGGCAGUCAGUUAUUGGGCUGAUCACAAUACAACACGCACAAAACAACAAGGACCCAAAGGAGCAAUAAAAACGAAGGGGGGGACGACAGACCGAUCCAGUCAGCUGGCUAGCAGGCCUGGCGGAGCACGCCAAAACAGGAGAGCCAUGGAAGACAACACAGCAGCUCUGCAGCUUUUGUUCCCAAAAGGAGAACUGGAAAUGCUGCUACAAAAUAAACGACGACUCCUAGUUGUUAUGGCUUUGUUUUAAUUGGAGGUGUUACUGCAUAUGCAGGGUUGUAUUGUUCUCACUACAGUGUCCGUUUAGUUUAGUUUGUUUUGUUUUGUUUCAUGUGAUUGAAUUCUAAUGUUGUGAUAACAUUACAACAGUGUUUCCCUUACUGCACUGUAAAGAAAGCCUUGUAAGGAGCUUUGUGAAGUCAGUGUUAAGUUACAUGCGCCCGCAUGCAGCCCUGAAGUAAUGCAACAUUAACAGGGGGUUUUGUCAUAAUAAACCGGGCUCUUUGAUUACUUGUCGUACAGUCUCUGAAACUCUCAAUUAAGGAGCUCUGUCUCACAGGUUGACCCGUGACUCUCUCAGAAUAGCAGAGAGAGCUCCCGUUGACUAUCCUAACCUCAGAUACGUGUCCAGUGGAAAAUGACCACCGUGAGGUCAGCUGUUGGUUGUUUAUAGUUGAAGGUGCACAUCCAGGUCAAGAGAGUGACCUAAUGCUUGCCGUGUCGUCCAGUAGGACACCCUAAUAAAUAUAUGCCACAUUCCAGUUCAUCAAACUGGCUGAGUGCUCUGCAAGGUGCCUGUCAAAGUCAUGCAGUAUAAAGUGACUGGGUCCAUCUGGCAACCAGGCUGUUUUCAGUGUAAAACAUUAGUUAAAAACAUAUUAAACAACAGAUCUUUUUAUUAGUUUAUGAAGAAGUUACAUC